UUCGACGGAUAAGAUUCUCUUGUUUAUAAUGAAAACAGAAAAACCCGUUGUCAUCAGAAAGUUACACAGCCGCCAGCAGCAGCAGUAGCCAUGGCGUCGUUGACGACGAUGAUAACAGUUCCGUCGAAUUUCCCCUCCCUUGGACUUCCCAUGCACUUUUCUGUGAGAAAACACUGCACUUGUGUCGUUGCUUAUCAAAAUGCCGCCUCAAAAAUGGGGUCAUAUAGCUCUCAACAUAAUCUUUUCACUCGUGUGCAUGAGAUUGGUAUUGCACGCUUAUCCAGGCCGAUAUUCGCAGCCGGUUCAGGUUUAGAAGCAUCCAUUGCGGAAGAAAAUGUGAUAAAGUUGAAAACCACAAAGAUUGUUGUCGAGUCCCAAGAUGAGAAUAGUAUACAAGUUAGAGUGGACGUGGCUGGGGAUGAAACGCAAAAAGUUUUUGAUCAGGUUUUGACAAAUUUGGCACGCACAGCUCCACCAGUUCCAGGAUUUCGCAGACAAAAAGGAGGAAAAACAUCAAAGGUUCCAAAAAGCUUUCUCUUGGAUAUACUUGGUAAAGAGCGUGUCACAAAGUUUGUCAUACAAGAAUUAGUAAGCUCUGCUAUGGCUGAUUAUGUAAAGCAGGAAAAUCUGACCGUGAAGGAAAACAAGAUCAACACCACCCAAUCAGCAGAAGAACUCCAAUCAUUGUUCACUCCGGGGAAUGAAUUUGCAUUCAAUGCUAUAGUUGAACUUGAGAAUUCAGAAAUUGAAAAGCCAACCUGAAUCUUUCACGGGAUGGUUAAGCAGGCCCAGUAAAAAAAAAAAAAAUAAUGUGAAAGAGACUGAAGAAAACUUUUUCCGAGUGCUUAAUCGGAAUGUUCUUUUCAUGUGGGAUGGUGGAAAAGAAAAUUUUGUAAAUCCUUGUGUACCUAAUUCAUAUCUUUUGGAUCAUCUGGCGACAUUAGCAUAUAAUCACCAGAAUCCUAGAGUAUGGAUUUCUUGUCUUCCCCUUUUAGUGUGCCCAGCGUUUCAUUUGGAUCAGCUAGGAAGCGGAGUAGUUAGUGGUUUUUCUUUCCUGUUGUAAUCUUUUGUCAUAAAAGAAAAAAAUCAUAUCUUUUGUAUACCUAGUUUUUUUUUUAAAUUUUUUAAACUCUACCCCUUUAUAAUCAUGAUGGGAUUCGAACACAUGACCCCUCAAUUAUCACACCCUAAAUGAAAAGCUAUGCGUGGUUAUUUGCA